AUGAAAUGUGGAAUGCAUUUUGCAGAAUAUCAUACUUUAACGAUGUCGAAUCCUUUUAAUUCUCAUGAGAUGCCAUCUAUUGUCCUUAAACCGUCGGACGGAAAUACUUUUUAUAAUUAUAAAGUUGGACAAGAUUUGCAUAUUGGUUUAUAUGUUCAUGGUAUGAUUUAUUCUUAUUGGUCGAAAGGUAUUAUGAUUGAAACUUGUGCAUCAUGGAUGGAUCGAAUUCAUAUUUAUAAAUUUAAUCGCUGUUUUAAUAUUGCUAAUUUGUUAAGAAAAUUCUUCAAUGAGCAUUCUGAUCGUUUCUCAUUGGCAGAUUAUGAUGAGGAACAUUGGAAUUGUUUCAAUUUUGUGAUUGAAUUUCUAAAAUUUUUCAAUCCAUUCCAGUUUUCUUCAAUAGGUAAAGAAAGUUUUGUUCACAAUUACAUUCAACCAACUUUGAAGUACGCAUUGCGUUAUUCUUUUCUUGUUCGGCAACUGCAAGAAUCGGCAAUUUCCAUAUUACCGCUGAAAUAUAACUGCAUCAAUAUGGCGGAAUGCUUAGAAGUGCAAGAAGAUGAGGCUGUGGAUUCAGAUAGGCUUAUUGACCGGCAAAAUUUUAAAAUCCAACAACAUGAAAUAGCAAUGCAUGAUUUUCGGGAAUAUGGUGUUCAACUUGCUUUUGUGUCCAAUCACAGAAAUUUUACGGACAAGCCUCUUAAAAUACGUAUUCUUAACUGGAAGAGGCGAUUAAAGCGAGUGAAAAUAAUUUUUGAAAGGCUUUGCACCAGCAGGCCAGUUCAUACAAAUAUUUCUUCAAAUAUAACCAAUUUGAUGGAACGUAUCGAUUUAGUUAUGCAACGAUUAGAAGAUACUGAUUUAUAUUUUCAAAAUCUUGCAUCUGGAUUUGGACGGGAUAUAGAAAUUCCCGAAUGGAGCCAGUUAGAUGUCGAUCUUUUUACUGGCGGUAUCAUUGUUUCAAAGGAUAGAUGCGAUCAAGAGGUCGCUGAUUUUUUUGAUGCAGUUGGAGUCCUCUUUUUGGAAUGCAAAGAAAUUAUUAAAACAUUCAGGAUUGAAACAUCUUUAUGA